AUGAGUCCUCGAAAGCGUGUACGCCCGAAUCCAGCAGAUGGAAGCUCUGCCAGUCUCCCCAUCACGACUGCAUCCCAGUCGAGCACGACGUCACAAACCCCAGCCGCUGCCUCGUCCCCCAAAGAGCCCGGCAUAGCUCGGCGACAACAAUCAAACACAAGCACUGCCAGUGCUGCUUCAAGCCAGAGAUCCCUCAAACAGGUGCAUAAGGCGCGCAGUUGGUACGGAUCAUGGCCGCGAGCUCCCAAGUCUUCCGCAUCGACACAGGUAGCAAGAGAAACGAUUCUGGGCGACACAUCCAAGCCCCCGUCGAUUCCGGACUUUAGUCGAUACGAUACGAAGAAGUCUUCAGACUCAGUUAGUGUGAACGAGCCUUCAGAGUCUGCCGCUGGUCUCCCCAACAUUCCCGAGAACGGAUCGACCACCCCAAAAGACGAUGUACCUACCGAACGGGUGCAACCAAAGCUCUCAAAGAAAGAUGCCUCUGGCACCACAGAACAAGAAGAUGCUCCCAUGGCCGACAGUCCACUACCCGUUUUGCAGCCUUCAACUUCCCCACCUUCCGCAGCUAUCGUCGAGCGACCUUCAACGGCGACGGGCUCUGGCUGGCUCGGCUGGCUGAGCAGGCCGACAGGUGCUGCUCCUGCCCCUGCUCCUGCCCCUGCCCCUACCCCUACGACAGUGCAAGAUCAGGCUACAGAGGCUGCGAAAGAGCCAGAAGCAGAAAUUCCGGCAACUCCAACGCCGAAAGACACCAAAGACAAAGCCGAGACUACGCAGACACCUGGUCCUGAUAAACAAUCCACACCCGGCGCAUCCUGGUUUGGCUUCUGGUCGGCCACACCACAAGCGAAUAAAGUUUCUGGGCCCAUGCCAGACCAAGACAAAGCAUUAGCAGAUUCUACUGCAGAUACAAUAGCCGUUGAUAGCAACACGAAAGAUUCCGAGGAUGUAGGGAUGCCUGAUGCCCCCCCAAUGAGUCCUCCAGGUCGUGCAUCUGCCGGUUCAACUUGGGCAUUCUGGUCCCGAGAUACGGGCACCAAGUCCAAGGGGAGGACAUCUGACUCUCAAGAAGAGGGACAGCUCGCUGUGAUGGGAGAAGGGUCUGAGGCUCACCCGAAACCUGCCAGUGGAGUUGAGGUCAAGGAUAGCACAUCAAAACCUCCUUCGGUGCAGGACAAGCCAGCAAAACAGGCCACAACUCAGGAGAGUUCUUCGAAGAAAAACAAGAGGCUGCGACCAAAAUCAAUGGAGAUGGAGGACACUGUCCCAUCCCGUCCGGACACUCCCUCCUCACAAAUAUCGAACAAGGGGGAGACGGCCAAACAGCCCGCGAAAGCCUCGACGCCACCCAAACAGUCGACGUCGAAUCUACUUCUGCCGUCAUUCAAGAAAACUUACCGCAUGAAGGAGAAUCCUUCUAUUCUCCGUCAGAUAACACAGCUACUCCUGCGAACUCAGCAACCUCCGGCCAAGCAUGUCUUCCUGACCUCGGAACCUCCCAAGAUCAAGAAAGCCGUCGCUAUUGGGGUCCAUGGACUGUUCCCAGCCGCAUACCUUAGGCCGAUGAUUGGACAGCCGACUGGAACUUCUAUCAAGUUCGCCAAUCACUGUGCCGAAGGUAUCAGGAGAUGGGCUAACGCCCAUGGCUGUGAGGAUUGCGAGAUCGAAAAGGUUGCUCUUGAAGGAGAGGGAAAGAUUGGCGAGCGGGUCGAGAACCUUUGGAAGUUGCUGCUUAAUUGGAUUGACCACAUCCGCAGCGCCGACCUCGUCAUCUUGGCUUGCCACUCCCAAGGUGUCCCCGUCGGCAUCAUGCUGGUGGCAAAGCUGAUCGAGCUUGGCAUCAUCGGCGCCACGAGAAUUGGUGUCUGUGCAAUGGCGGGCGUUUCCCUGGGUCCAUUUCCGGACUAUAGGUCGGGUAUGGGCAUGCUUAUGGGUUCAGCCCAUGAGCUUUGGGAGUUUGCAAACCCUGACAGUGAAAUAUCGAAGCGUUACCGGCGGGCAUUGGACGUUGUUCUUGACUAUGGAGUUCGAAUAACGUACGUUGGAAGCAUUGACGACCAAGUCGUGCCGUUGGAGUCUGCGAUCAACUCACCGGCAACCCACCCGUAUAUCUUCAGGGCAGUGUUCAUCGAUGGAAGGAUACACGCGCCAGACUUCAUUGCGCACCUGGUAGGAUUCGCUUGCAAGUUACGUAACCUGGGAAUAUCGGACCACGGGUUGAUCAGGGAGCUCUCGGUCCCUCUCGCCGGAAGCCUCUACUCGGGAGAGGGCCACUCACGGCUCUACGACGACGAUCAAGUAUACGAUCUCGCCGUGACGCACGCUCUCGAGACUACAAGCGUCGGCAAGGUACCAGCCGAGAUCCGCAAGCAUGAGGCGAUGACCAACCCAAACCCGUACCACCUGCCGUGGAUCAUGCGCGGCAUGCUCGAAGAGGACUUUGUCAAGACGGACCUGUCGGCCGAGACGGCCGAGCUGCUGACGCAGUUUGACGACUGGAAGCCGACGACCAAGGCAUUGAAGGAUGUCAAGUAUAGACUGGAGGCCGUGAGGUCGAAGCUAUAG